AUGUCGCGCCUGGGAGUGUAUAUUUGCUAUUGCAGCACGGCAGCAGCAAACAGUAGCGCCUGUCCUCCUCGAACUGGGGAGCUUGCCAACCAGCUCAGCCGAACGAACAGCGAGUUGGAGAUGGCGCUAUACUUCAAAGCGUGGCUUUUUGUCCUCCAUGAGAUGGCGAAGGGUGCGAAGAUGAGCUCAGUGCAGUGGAUGGAUUCACAGAUGGAUUCGUCCAGUAUUGCGGAGGCAGUGCACAAGAAAUGGCUUGAAUUGAUCAACAGCAGAGCUGUAGAGGAAAUUAGUGAGUCACCGGAUGCCAGGAACGAGAAUCUACUCCAACGAGAGCUUGAAAACUUGAAGGAUGUACUGCCGGAAGAGGGGGAGGUGCAGGUGCUUUUUGUUUUUGAUGAAGGUCGCGGUCUCUUACCGAAUGGGGAAAGCACCUUCGGUAUGGCACAAUCGCCGUUUGACCAGAUGAGGCGAGUGGCGAGAGCUUUCUUCACACACAAGAAAUACUUUGCAGUUGUCAUGGAUACGAUGUGGAGUAUCAGUAAUCUCCACAUCAGUAAUCUGCAGCCUCGACGGCACGAGGACCAGUCGAGGAAAGCUAAUAUCCUGGGUUUGCGGCUUUUAAGGCCUAUUUAUCAGGUGGUGAAUAUGGACCUUGUUCCUCGGACUACGGAUUUGUCUCCAGCUCAGUUGUUCAGGUAUGGAAGGCCCCUAUGGAGUAGCCGCCUUGACAGCAAUCCAAAUGUGUGGAGCCUCCUCGAUCUCGCGGAAGCCAAGCUGGUUGGGGUGCUGCACGGGGACUUUCAGGGGCAAGCUGUGGACGUUUGUGGUUCUACCGGAAAGGUACAGAUGGCUGAGAGCCAAGCGUUGGCCUUGCUUUCAGCAUCAGCGGGCCUGGAGAUAUGCCCGCGGAGUGCGCAAAGCCAGCUUCUUGUCGCUUCUCACAUGAGUAUCCUUACGUUCAUCUCCCUCGAUCGUACGAGAGUGCAUAUCAGUCAGCCCGUGGAGCCCGUUGUGAGUGAAGCGGCCGCUAGGAUUCUCAACCGCAAGAGUGGCGAGCCUCUAGAAGUUGCUCUAGGGCUGUUCCUGAACGGCUGCUACAAUGGCUAUGUGGAUGCUGGACCUCGGGGGGAAUUCAUAGUGAAGCUCAUCUUGCUGCAAGCUUGUUGGAGCUUGUACAAGGGUGACUACUACCUACGCCGCAUUCCUCUCCGGGAUUAUAUCGGACGAUUGCUGGGCUGGGAGGAGGCACAGGUUGACGAGGCAUGCAGCGGCCUGGAUGAAUCCGCUGCCGUCUUUUUUAACAGUUUUAUGCUGGUUAAGCAGGGGCAGUUGACACCCGAGAUCUUGGCAGCUGCGUUCAUGAGAGGCUGUGCAAUCAUGUACAAAGCCAACAAUAACGUCCGAGGUUAUGACAUUGUUAUUCCGGUCUGGACUUCCUUGGGGAUGACUGCGCUGCUCGUUUCGGUUGAGAACAGUAGAAAGUGUGGGUGGCUCAACAAAGCUUCUACGACUGUGUUGAGGCCGAGGCUCAUGCAAGUCUCAGGAAUCGAAAUCAAAGUGGUGACGGUCCUCAUCAAUGUCCAAGAACCAAACCUUAAAGAGCCAGUGCCAACAAAGUUAUGGAAGAAGGAUGAGAUGCAUAAGUCUUACUUGCAGGGUGACGAAGCUUAUGGCAAGAAAACGGAGCCUGUUGCGCACAUAACAGUUUAUGGUCUCGAACGCAACUUUCGUUUCCUUGGUGCUGAGACGAAGAGACUUCUAGCUGAACUUUCAAUUGCGGGGCCGGAUGUGGAGGUGGAGGCUGGAAAGCAAUCAGAGGAAGUGAAAUCAUGGCUCCAUUUGCUGCUUCCUGACACGUAUAAGCUUCCAAUUCCAAACGUCUCUGACAUUAAGGAGCUUGGUGAUCCGCGACAGAAGCGCCCAAUAGAUGCCACAGAGAAGUUUGCGGAUGAUUUGCAACAGAAACGCUUAAAAGUUGCCUGAGAAUUGGUAAUGCCAUUUGGUUUAACAAAUGCUCCUACAACUUUUUAGAAGUUGAUAAAUCAAGUUUUACAGCCUUACUUGAGAAAAGCAAGAUCGUGGCCAGGUCGUUUAGAAUAUUAAGCAUGUAGUAGUCUUAUGAUUCGGGUUAUGUUGUAAUGGUUUUGCAUAAAUAUAGGAUUAUUAAAAACUUUUAUUUUAUUUUAGAAAAUCAAUUUAGCUUUUGGCUAUGCAAAUCACAUGAGAAACAACACUCAACCAUGAAGCUCUCCUUCUCACCAA